AUUUUUUGAAAAUCAACACUAUGUAUCGUAGUCGGCUUAGAAUAGUGAAUAUUUAUUGUGUUUUACAUUGUUUUAAGCGGCAAUCGUCGAUUGUACCACGACGGUGUAUAUACAGGGGUAAAGGCGGUGGUAUAAGCGUGUUUACGACACCUCAAAGCGCGGAUGUUUUUGUGGCUAGUUUGCACGAGGAAGAACGCCUACUUCUUCGUGAAGCUCUAAGAAUACAUGAUCAAGCUGAUGAAGACACAGGAAAGGAAAACUCAAAUCCUCCCUCAGUUAAACAAUUAAGAUUAGUUGCAUUUCAUAAUGCCAUUCCAUUUAUUGGAUUUGGGUUCUUGGAUAAUGCCAUUAUGAUAAUUGCUGGAGAAUACAUAGAUUUAACAAUUGGACUGACCCUAGGGAUUUCAACAAUGGCAGCUGCAGCCCUUGGUAAUAUUGUGUCUGAUGUCUCUGGAAUAGGUUUAGCUCACUAUGUUGAGGCAGCAACAAACAGACUUGGCUUUGAGAGCCCUAACCUUAGUUCAAAACAAACAGAGAUGCCAAGGACAAGAUUUGUAACAAACUUGGGAAGAGCCUUGGGUAUUGUUGUAGGAUGUUUUGUAGGGAUGUUUCCAUUACUCUUUUACAACAGCAAAGAAGACCAUGAAGAAAAGUCAACACACAAUGAAAUUAAACAAUAAAGUAGUUAAAAAUAUAACUAUAUUAUAGAAAUCGCUUAAUGACAAAAUUAACCUGGCGUAAGGAUGCCUGGUUUGAUGUAGUAUGAAUGCUGUUGGCACUUUUCAUGAGCCUUUUUCAUGGUGAUCUCUCACACAUGUUGUUUGUCUUCUUGCCAAGCACCUGCUACAGAGGCAAUGACAAAUGUAUAAUUGUCAUUAGUUUCAAAUGGGUUUCCUUUUAUCGCUGUAGAUAUACAUGGUAGACUCAUCAUUGUGAAUCCUCAAUUCACAAUCAGAAAUUCUUUUAAAAAAUUAGUCAUUUACAGCCUUGCAAAUUGUCAGGUUGUAGAAAAUAUGAGUUUUACUCUCGCACAGAACUCUUCACAUUAUUUUGGACAGUUUAUGAAAAUAUUGUAUUUUUGCAAACAUUAGUUGCUAAUUACCUCUCUCAUAUUUUGGGUAAUGGCCAGUCGCAUUUCUUAGGGAUACUGAGGUUUUAUUGUUGUUUAGAACUUUUUCAUCACUCAGAGGUCUGUGAAUUUAUCUGUUGAGCAAUAUAAUUUAUAGUUGGGUUUCUUGCUCAAAGCUACAUAAAGUUAACAUAUAUAUUUAAAUUAUUUU